AGAUGUUCGUGAUUCGCCCCACCAAAAUUAAUAUAAAUAUCGUAUUAUUACUAUUAUAUUGUAUUGUAUUACAGUAUUAUACUAUUAUAUUAUUAUGGUGUUAGUGUAAAUGUGCAAUUGUGCAAUAUGUGCAUUGUGAAAUGUAAAUAAUUGUAAAUUUGUGAUUACUGAAGACUGUUAUUAGUGAUUUGGGUAUUUGACAUAGCAGUUGCUAAAUAUUGAUACGGCAGAAAAGUUGAAAAAUCUGUGAAGAAUUAAUAAUCAAAAGUUAUUAAUCUUCUCUAUUUACAAACACGAUUAUGACAAGCAGUUAAUACAUUUUGGACAUACAGUUUCAAUUAUGGAAAGUGAUAAUAUUUCAAAUGAUGAAACUACUAAUUGGAAAGGAACUAAUAAAAGUUUACUGCCUAGAAGCUUUGGCAAAAAAUUGUUCCCAUCACUCAUACCCAGUUCGCAGCAUACACUAUUAUUUAAAAUUCCAAUAGGUAUUAACAAUAUGCCAGAACCAUAUCCCAAAGAAUAUUGUGAUAACUGGGAUGAUAAUCAUGUAAAAAUGCCAUGUUCUACACAUAAUUUAUUUUUAGUUCAUCAGAAUAAUACAAGUUCUAAAAAAAUUCGAUGGGAUGUUAUCACCUGUAGUUUACUUAAACCAAUAUUGUCAAGUGAAGAAUUAGAAAAAGCUAUCAUAUCAUAUAAUCCCAAGUAUAAAGACCAAUGGCGAUUUUAUUUACUACAUUCAUUUUUUGACGAAUGUUUAACUGAGGAAGAAACAGAAGAAUUUUUUAAUAAUUUAUUACCAAAAAUCAUUAACUUAGCAUUGCAGUUGCCUACGUUAGUAACUAAACCAAUACCUUUGUUAAAGCAAACUCAUAAUCAUUCUAUAUCAUUAAGUCAAAUGCAAAUUGCCUGUCUCUUGGCUAAUGCUUUCUUAUGUACUUUUCCACAUCGAAAUGUUAGCAAUUCAAAGUCUGAGUAUUCAGAAUAUCCAUACAUCAAUUUUAAUGGACUUUUUCAAUUAAUGGUAAAUUCUUCAGCCGAUCACUAUUUGUACGAAAAAUUGAAAUGCAUCAUUUGCUAUUUUAAAAAAGUCACUAGUGCCAAUUCUGUUCUUAAUGGAAUUGUAACAUAUUCUAGAAAAAGAUUGCCAUCUGGAGAUUUACCAUAUUGGUUACAAUCGACAAAGCAGUUGACAAAUUUAUAUAUAACAUCUGAUGGGACAAUUGAAGACGAUGGUGAUGGAAUGUUGCAAGUGGACUUUGCAAAUAAAUUUAUUGGAGGGGGCGUUCUUGGUCAUGGUAGUGUACAAGAAGAAAUUCGGUUUUUAAUUUGUCCUGAAUUAUUAUUGUCUCAGCUAUUUUCAGAAAAAAUGCUACAUACAGAAGCAAUUAUUAUUACAGGUGUGGAGAGAUUUAGUGAUUACAGUGGAUAUGCAAAUUCUUUUGAGUGGAAAGGUAUUCAUUUAGAUGUUACUCCUGUUGAUGAAAAUAAUCGCCGUUACACUACUGUUGUUGCAAUUGAUGCAUUGUACUACAGUGAUCCUAAAAAUCAAUUUAAAACAAAAAACUUAAGACGAGAGUUACACAAAUCAUUUGCUGGAUUUUCAUGGGGGCAAGAUUCAGAGUGUUCUAAUGUUGCAAUAGCUACAGGAAAUUGGGGCUGUGGUGCUUUUCGUGGAGACUGUCAUCUAAAAUCAUUGUUGCAAUUAAUGAGUGCUGCUCAAGCCAAUCGAGAUGUAGCUUACUUUACAUUUGGUGAUUCCAAACUGUUAGACUCAAUUUAUAGUAUGCAUACAUUUUUGAAAAGCCAAAAUGUUACAGUUGGUGAAGUUUCUAGGAUACUUAUUAAAUACUAUGCAUGUUUGGAAACCAUGCCAUCUGUUGGUGUACACGAUUAUAUUUAUGAUGCUCUUGCAAACAAAGCCAGGCAGGUAUUUAAGAAUAAUGAAUCUAAACCUGGAAUAUUCUCACAGUAUUUACAGAAUCAAUUAUUGAGGAAUAAUAGAGCAGUAGAGUCUAACACUAAAGUACUCCAAGCUUCUAAAAAUUCAAACACUGAAGAUGAUCAAGCCUCUGAACAGGUCCAUUCUUUUUCAAGUUCAACUCAUGUGAAGUCUAGACCUUGUUCAAGUUCUAAUCCACCAGAGUCAACUCCUGAACUGUCUCAUUCAACAAGUUCUAAUAUAAUAAAAUCAAUUUCAGAAGAGCCUCAGUUUCUAUUAAGUUUAAACACAAUAGAGUCUACUUCUGAUGAAUCUAAGUGUUGUUUAAAUACAACUUUUAUUGAGUCAUCUUCUAAAGAGUCUCAACUUUCUUCAAGUUUAAGCAUAAUAGAGUUAACUCCAGAAAAACUAGAGGAGGAACCAAAAUUAAUUGAUAGUAUAGGUACUACAGAUCGCGUAGAUAAACAAGAGACUCAAGAUGUUAGGUUUUUGCCUGUAAAUCAAUUUAGAUUAAAUAAUGACGAAGAAAGAUCUAUGUGUAUUAAGCAACAGAAAAACAGUUGGCUACAAUUAAACGAUUCCAAAAAAGAUUUUCAGUCUGCUAUAGAAAAAUCGUCAACUACAGGACAGUUAAGUAUUCUCAAAAGAGAUAGAGAAGAACACGACGGAGGAAAAAGAGUAGUUAAACGUAAAAUAUCCGAUUACUUUUCACCAAAAAGAUAACAAUAUUAUUGUUCUAUUAGUAUUAAUUUUGAUUAAAUUUGAUGUAUGUAUUUUAUAAAUUUUAGUUUAAUUUUCAAUAUAAAAACAUUAAAAUGGA